CAAUCAGAGGCAGGGAAGGGGCGGGCCCUCUUCCGACUAGGGGGUGGGGACAGAGGAAACACGGAGCAAGAUGGCGGACAGAGUCUGAGAGAAGUGACGCGUUGACGGGGAAGAAGAAGACGAGUCCGGUUCUCCUGGACCCGGGACACCACCUGGACCUCACCGACCAGGUCUGCGACAAGACUGGGAUGAAGGAGGAGAACCAGGACCCGGAUUUCAUCGACCUCGAUCCCGACAAUCUCGGGAUGAAGGAGGAGAACCAGGAGCCGGACUUCAUAGACCCGGAUCACUACGAGAUUGUGAUGAAGGAGGAGAACCAGGACCAGGAAUUCAUCGACCAGACCGGGCUGGAGGAGGAGAACCAGGACCCGGACCCAUACAAGAUCGUGAUCAAGGAGGAGAACCAGGACCUGGGUUUCACCGAGCAGACCGGGCUGGAGGAGGAGAACCAGGACCCGGGUUUGAUAGACCAGAUUGGGAUCAAGGAGGAGAACCAGGACCCGGGUUUCACCGAGCAGACCGGGCUGGAGGAGGAGGAGAACCAGGAACCGGAGCAGCGGAGAACUGAGCCUGAUCCCGGUCUACAGAAACAGAGAUGCACAAAGGUCUGUCACAUCAAACAGAAGAAGCACAACUGUGACGACUGCAGGAAAUCGUUCACGUCUUCAGGUCAUUUAAAAAUCCACCUGCGCGCAGUUCACAGUGGAGAGAGACGGUACAGCUGUAACCAGUGUGAGGACACGUUCACAAACUCCAGCGGUUUAAAAACUCACCAGCACGUCCACCCCGAAGAGAGACCGCACAGCUGCGACCAGUGUGGACGCUCGUUCUCUACCGCCAGUGGUUUAAAAACUCACCUCCGUCGUCACACCGGUGAGAAACCGUACAGCUGUGAGGAGUGUGGGAAAACGUUCAGGGCUUUAAGUACUGCGAGAAUCCAUCAGCUGAUUCAUAGCGGAGAGAAACUGCACAUCUGUGAGGAGUGUGGAAAAUCUUUUCUGACGUCAAACAGACUUAAAACUCACCAACGCAUCCACACUGGAGACAAACCGUACAUGUGUGAACAGUGUGGAAAAGGCUUCACCAGGUCCAGUUACCUAAAGAUCCACCAGCGUAUCCACACCGGGGAGCGGCCGUAUAGCUGCGGCCAGUGUGGGGCAGCGUUCAGCACGUCACAUGGUCUAAAAAUCCACAAGCGCAGCCACACUGGUGAGAGACCUUAUAGUUGUGAGCAGUGUGGGGCAUGUUUCACCACGCCGACCGCUCUGAAAGGUCAUAAACGCAGGCACAGUGGGGAGAAACUGUACAGCUGCACCCAGUGUGGGAAGGCAUUCACGGCGCUGGGUCAUUUGAUAAACCACCGCCGUCUUCACAGUGGAGAGAAACCGUACAACUGUGAUCUAUGUACGAAGUCUUUUGUGACUUCAACUCAGCUACAAACUCAUCGACGCAGCCACACCGGAGAGAAGCCGUACAGCUGCGACCAGUGUGGGAAAAGCUUCAGCAGGUCAGGUGAUCUGAAAAGCCACAAACGAAUUCACAGCGGAGACCGACCGUACAGCUGCGACCAGUGUGGGGCAGCAUUCAGCAGGUCCGACGUCUUGAAAACACACAAACGUGUUCACACUGGAGAGAAACCAUUCAGUUGCGAUGAGUGUGGGGCCAGUUUCACCAGAGCAGAUCAUCUGAAAAUUCACACACGUGAUCAUACUGGAGAGAAACCAUACGGCUGCAACGAUUGCAACAAAUCUUUUGCGUCUUCAAAACAACGACGUGUCCAUCAGAGGAGUCACAGUGCAGAGUUGAACCCAGAUUAAAAGACUCAUGGUCUUCAUCAUGUGGAGCAUGAUGGUUAAAGUGCUGGUAAGCAAUGAGGAGGCUUCGCCUAUUGCACCCUCUGCUGACGGGUUAAUGAAUAACGAGGAUUAACACAUAUACAAGCAUGCAUUCGAUCAAAAUAGAAGCUAAUGUUUGACCUCAGACACUUUUUUUCAAAUUUUUUAAUGUUAAUCACGUUUUUUUCAAAUGUUACAUUGUUUUGCUAUGAAAACAAUGGACGCUAGAAAGCAACGCCAUCCUGAGCGAAGCAAACACGACAUCAAAGCUUCUGAGAAGCUGCGUGUGGAAGUAUUAGAAGAGUAGUAGACGAACAUGUAACAAACUGUUUGUCCACUUUGUACGAAGCGGGUGUCUAAAAGGCCUUUGUAAACUAAGUCUAUAUUUUUCCCAUAUGCAUUUAUAACAUUUUAUUAAAGCAAAAAAAUACAUUCCAAAAUAUUUAAAGGUUAGAAAAAGUAAACAGUUUCUGUGAAAAGACGAAGGUUUGAUUAACGCUGAAGACUUGAGGAGUCUCUCUGGGUGGAAACAGUGUGUAACAGGUGUUUUUCCCCUAAAUUGAAUAAUGUUUGAUGCGAACUUAAUGAAAUUGAAAUAAACAUUGUGUGAUUCUGUUCUGACAGGAAACUUUACCACAGCACUGAGUGUUUUACUGACAGAAUCCUCUGUUAUAAAUAAAGUUGUUUUUUUUAAGAAAAGAGGAAUUUCUAACCCUGUUGUUUUUACCAGUGUAGAAUUUAAUGAGUGAACACAAACAUAGUCAAGAGUACGUAUAUAAAUGCAAUAUAUAUAAUUUUGUUAAUAUUCAUGGCCACAACACAUUAUACCAUAUAAACAAUUACCAUGAAGAUAUUUUCAUUGUAUAAACAUCCAUUUAUAUAUACACAUCAUACUGUUUCAUA